AUGCACUCUGUACAAAGAGUAUUAAGGCGAGCCCACACUGGUAUCAAACAACUGCUCCAUUCUGUGUUUCCACGAACCCCUCCAAGCCCUCGCUCGAGAAACUCAGAAUCACACAAUAGUAUACCUUCAGAAACGCACGGAUCAACAAUGGACAUUCGCGAAUCAAUUAGUAACCAGACUGACGUUUCUUUAUUUCUUGCAAAGCACUUGGUUUCUACUAAGGCCAAGGACGCCAACCUGGUGUUCUCGCCGGUGUCGACUCAUGUUGUGCUUGGCUUGAUCGCUGCCGGGUCUAAAGGCCCCACGCUAGACCAGCUACUCAGUUUUCUCAAGUCCACUGGAACCGAAGAGCUUAAUUCUCUCUCAUCCCAGGUCGUCACCCUCGUCUUGGCCGACGGUGGUUCGCUUGGUGGGCCACGACUGUCCUUCGCCAACGGCGUUUGGAUUGACCAGAGUCUAAACCUGAAGCCCACUUUUAAAGAAAUUGUCGAUAAUGCUUACAAGGCUGCUGCUAGAAAUGUUGAUUUUCAGACCAAGGCUGUUGAGGCAACCAAAGAGGUGAAUCUGUGGGCUGAAAAGGAAACAAGUGGCCUUAUCAAAGAAAUUCUUCCAUCUGGCUCUGUUGAUGGUUCAACAAGGCUCAUCUUUGCAAAUGCAGUGUACUUCAAAGGUGCCUGGAAUGAGAAGUUUGACGCAUCAAAGACAAAAGAGGAUGAAUUUUUCCUCCUAAAUGGUAGCUCAGUGCAAGUACCUUUCAUGACCAGCAAACAGAAGCAAUAUAUACGUGCCUUUGAUGGUUUUAGAGUUUUGGGGCUUCCAUACAAACAAGGGGAAGACAGGCGUAAAUUCUCUAUGUAUUUCUUUCUUCCAGAUGCCAAAGACGGACUGCCAGCUUUAGUAGAAAAAUUUGGCUCUGAAUCUGGUUUCUUAGAGCAUCACGUCCCGUAUCAACAAGUGAAAGUGGGUGCCUUCCAUAUUCCAAAAUUCAAAAUAUCUUUUGGGUUCGAAGCUUCUGAAGUCCUCAAGGGACUAGGGGUUAUGUUGCCUUUUUCUGGCGAUGGACUCGCUGAGAUGGUGGACUCUCCUCUUGGCAAGAACCUUUAUGUUUCGAGCAUUUUCCAAAAAUCAUUUAUUGAGGUAAACGAGGAAGGCACGGAAGCUGCAGCUGCAACUGCUGGUGUUAUAAACCUGAGGAGUAUGGCAAUGGAGGACAAGUUGGAUUUUGUGGCUGACCAUCCGUUCCUGUUUGUCGUUAGAGAAGAUAUGACGGGGGUGAUGACUACACCUGAUAACAAGAGAUGUUUGGUGCUUUCAGAGGAGUCUUAUGGCGGCCGUGAAGGACUAUGGCCUAUGCCUGAGGUGCGAUGGCUAAACAAUACCCCGAAGGCUACGAGUGGCACAACAUUUGGGCGAUGA